CGCGCCGCUCCGGGUUGAGCGCGGCGCGGCCCCGCGCGGCCCUCAGAGCGGCCGCGGCGAUGUCCGAGCCGGAGCACCUGGGCGGGAAGCGGGCCGAGUCGGCGCGGCUGCGGCGGGCCGAGCAGCUGCGGCGCUGGAAGGGCUCCCUGACCGAGCAGGAGCCGGUGGCGGCGGGGGGCGGCCGUGGCCGGCACCGCGGCGCGGGGGGGUCCCGCGUCCGCUUCGAGGAGGGCGCCGUGUUCCUGGCCGCCUGCUCCAGCGGCGACACCGAGGAGGUGAAGAGGCUGCUGGGCCGCGGCGCCCGCAUCAACACCACCAAUGUGGACGGGCUGACAGCCCUGCACCAGGCCUGUAUUGAUGAGAACCUGGACAUGGUGAAGUUCCUAGUGGAAAAUGGAGCCAAUGUGAACCAGCAAGACAACGAGGGCUGGACCCCUCUUCAUGCAGUGGCGUCGUGUGGCUACCUGAACAUAGCAGAGUACCUGAUCAGCCAUGGGGCCAACGUGGCUGCUGUGAACAGUGAGGGCGAGGUCCCGUCCGACAUCGCCGAGGAGGCGGCCAUGAAGGACCUGCUGCUGGAGCAAGUCAAGAAACAAGGUGUAGACCUGGAGCUGUCAAGGAAAGAAGAGGAGCAGCAGAUGCUCCAGGAUGCCCGGCAGUGGCUGAACAGUGGGAGAAUUGAGGAUAUAAAACAGCCUCGGACAGGAGCCACAGCUCUUCAUGUUGCUGCAGCCAAGGGAUAUUCUGAAGUCAUGAGGCUCCUGAUCCAGGCUGGGUUUAAUCUGAACGUCCAGGACAAUGAUGGCUGGACUCCACUCCAUGCUGCUGCUCACUGGGGAGUGAAGGAAGCGUGUUCCAUCCUGGCUGAGGCUCUGUGUGACAUGGACAUCAGGAACAAGCUGGGUCAGACGCCCUUUGAUGUUGCUGAUGAGGGACUUGUGGAGCAUUUAGAAAUGUUGCAGAAGAAACAGACUGUGCUGCGAAGUGAGAAGGAGACAAGGAAUAAGCUGAUUGAAGCUGACAUGAAUGGGAAGCCUCAAAACAGACUCUUCACCAACAAAGAGAAGAUUCUUUAUGAGGAAGACACGUUGAAGUCCAUGGAAACUGAGGAAGAGAACAAGGACUCAAGCAGUUCUAGUUCUGAAGAGGAAGAAGCUGAAGAUGAAGUUUCAGAAUCAGAUGCUGAAAAGGAGUCAGAGAGAAAGGAAGAGCCCUUUGCCAACCACUCCAGCCGUGAAUCCAGGCCCAGCAUCACUGAGCAAAUGCCACCACCCGAGCCCAACUCCUUCACUGCAUCUGCCAGAAGAUUCAGUUGGCUCAGCAAGUCAGACGAGCAGAAGGAUGAGUCUCCUUCGUCGUGGCGGCUGGGCCUGAGGAAGACUGGCAGCCACAACAUGUUGAGUGAAGUCGCUGCCACUCGUGAGGCACAGAGGGAUAAAACUUCUUCUAUCUAUCGCUCCUCGUCCAGCCCUCGGAUAUCUGCACUGUUGGACAACAAGGAAAAGGACAGAGACAACAAGAGUUAUCUUGCCACCAUAGUCCCCAGAAGACUGAGCAGUACGAGUGAUACAGAAGAAAAAGAAAACAGGGAAUCUGCUGUGAACCUGGUGCGGAGCGGCUCCUACACGCGGCAGCCCUGGAGGGACGAGCCAAAGGGAAACGAAGCUCCCCACUCCGGUGCACCCACUACCUAUGUAUCCACCUACUUGAAAAGUGCUUCAUUUGGUAGAAGUAGUGACCUGAGCAGUCCCUACAUUUCAGCCAGUCGCAGUCCAUCUCUAGCUACCUCACCCACUGCCAUUGGCUCAUCUACCUCCCCGGGCACCCCGUGGCAACCUGUCUCUUGCUGCCCCACAUCUCUCGGUGUGAACACUCCUGCCUCAGCCUACCACAGCACCAGAGCCCCUUUCAGGCAACAAACUGAUUCUGCUGUAGAGAAAAACACAGAUGGCAGCUGUGCCAGCACCCCUCUAGGUGUAAUCACAAACCAUGCUGUGCUCGGCGCUGCCAACGGCACCGGGAAUGCCGGGGCUGCCUCCGCCCCGGGGAAGGACCUCUCGGCUGAGGAGGCCAGGGAGCGCAGAAGGUCAUAUCUGACUCCGGUGCGGGAUGAGGAAGCAGAAUCACUGAGGAAGGCACGGUCCAGACAGGCCCGGCAGACUCGCAGGUCUACCCAGGGAGUGACCCUGACGGACCUGCAGGAGGCCGAGCGCACGUUCAGCCGCUCGCGGGCGGAGCGCCAGGCGCAGGAGCCGCCGGGCGACAGAGCCGAGGACAGCGGUGACAGAACGGAGAGCCGCCCGCGCUGGGGACGGAGCACGGACGACGAGACCGUCUAUCGGCGAUUGAGGGGCUCAGCACAGCCCGACAAACCCACGACACCUGUGUCUCCUUCCACAGCAGCACCUCUGCUCUAUACAAGCUCAUACCUGACUCGAACAAAUAAAUAUCUAGGGCUGGACUCUGUGAAUCCAGCAGAUUUCAGAGCGGCAGGCACAGAGAUGGAGAAAAAUGAGUGUGAAGAUCAGGAUUCAGACGACAAAUCCCUGAACAAACAGUCAAUCCGGGAGCGGCGGCGGCCAAAAGAGAGACGGAGAGGCACCGGCAUCAUCUUCUCAACACAAGAUGAUGAAGAUGAAGUUGAUGGAAAUGAAGAAGUGAAGGAAACUCGGCAUGAAAGACUUUCCAGGUUGGAGGCAGCCACGAACCCCACCCCGAGUGACUCGUCCUACAGCGACCGCGCCGCCGGCCGCGCCAGUGCCUACAGCCGCAGGGAGAACCGGCUCGCCGCGCUCAGCAGCCGCGCAGAGGAGGAGAGCAACAGGGACUACAAGAAAUUAUACGAGAGUGCCCUGUCUGAAAAUCAAAAGCUGAAGUCAAAGCUGCAAGAAGCCCAGCUUGAGCUGGCUGAUAUCAAAGCAAAGUUGGAAAAAGCAGCCCAGCAGAAACAGGAGAAAACUUCUGACCGGUCCAGCAUGCUGGAGAUGGAGAAGAGGGAGAAGCGAGCCUUGGAGCGGAAACUCUCUGAAAUGGAAGAGGAAAUGAAGAAUCUCCACCAGCUCAAACAGAUUCACACUCUGAGGCAGAUGAAUGAGCAGCUGCUGGCUGAGAACAGGGCUCUGACCCGGGUCGUAGCCAGACUUUCUCUGCCCUCCAAGCCCUCGGAAUCAGAGGAGCUGUAGCUGCUUUCCCUCCGGCUCAUCUUGCCUCCCUCUUCCACUCUUCCAGAUUUUGACAGAGCUGAAGUCGGACAACCAAAGGCUGAAGGAUGAGAACGGAGCCCUCAUUCGUGUCAUCAGCAAACUCUCCAAAUAGGAAUCCAGAGCAAAGGAGGGACAAGGAGGGGUGUCCUACACCAGCUGCCAACCCCCCACCGAGCCCUACCCCCUUCCUUCCCGUCACGUACAGCAAGUGUUUCAGCCAUGGGAUCAAUGUCACACCUGCCUUGCCCUGCCCUUUGCUGUACAUUCCCUUUCUACCCCUGUUUCCCCCCAACACACCCCCUGCCAUUUUUUUUUUUUUAAUUUAUGCAUGUUGUGGUAUCUCGGACAUUUUAUUCAAGGGAGAAAUGUGAGGACUGGGUUUGAGCUGCCAAAACUUCUUCCAAAAGCUCAGUAUUUGGUUUUGGACUCUGACCUGGAGUGGGAAGCUCCUACUGUAAAAAGUGACAUCUGAAGAACUAACCCAGCAUAUCCAAGGCCUUUACAGGUGGGAAAUGUGAACAUGGGCUGGGACUCUGAGGAUGCACAUCAGUCCACUGAGACGUGGGACUCUGGUUAAAUGUGAUGCUGUGAAAGCCACCAGAGCUCACGUUUGUCACAGGCUGAUGAGCUGUUUUGCACAGACACCUUUUCCUCUUGCCCCAGUAGACUGAGUCUUCUAUUUUAGAUAAGAUUUUGAACCUUUACAGAAACAUCAGUGCUGACACUUGGUGUCAGACCCUUACCCCUCACCCUCCCUUUCCCCCACAGCCUGGGUGAUCCUGUGUCACGUUGUGUCCUUCCAGGGCUCCUGUCUGUGGUUGGUAGCAUACAGUUGCCACCUGGACACUUGUUCCUUGGGACAGGAUAUAUCGCAGGCACUUGCUGAGCUUUGUGAAGGACAAACUUGAACCCCUACAGACCCUCUGCCGCUCUCAUCUGUGUGUGAGCAUCAGUCACCUUGCAGGGAGCUGUGCCAAUGCCAGAAACCAGCCUCCCCUUCCCAAAAGCCAUCUGGGACAUUCUCCCACUGCCUCCCUGAAGGCAGAGCCCCAUAGCAGAGCCUGGCUGGUAUUUCAGGUACCCUCCCUUUGAUUUGCAGUAGGAUUUGUAGCCAGAAAAUGCCAGCAUCCUGUCCCACACACCUUGGAGAGGUCAGGGUGUGUCAGUGUCAGAGGGACAAGGAGCUGCUGGUAACUGAAUCACCAUGAUUAAAGUCUUCUGACCUGUCAGAAACUUCUGAUAAGCUUUGACCUUGAAGGAAACCCCCAGAAAUACUCGUCUUCAAUACACAUGCACUCUAAACAGUUUGGAAUUGUUCUCUCCCAUGGGCAUUUAGACAUUGGCUCCUCUCAAACAGUACCUUCCCUCUCAGAGACAUCCAGCUGCAUCCAAAACAUUCUCCCAUCUACACCCUUCCAUAUUUGUCCUUUCAUCCCCUUUGUCCUUCAACUCCCCAUUCUCUCUCUGGCCAAGGACAGCAGUUCUUGGUCACUGAACCUGGAGGUGGCCAUGGAGCAGCUCUACCAUGUUCCUGAGCAGCUCUGCUGGCUCUGGCUGGGGGAACUCUCCAUUCCCAGAGACAUGAGAUACUUGAACAUGAGCAGAAUACUUGAGCUUGCUCAGCAGGGUAAAACUUAUCUCUAUCAGGCAAUCCUGGGCUUUUUUGAACCUUUUGCUGGUUAUUGCCUCAGAAAGCAUCUCUGUUUUCCUCUCUCUGGGGUUUUCUCUCUUUUUUUUCCCCCUGCCCUAAUUCUCCAUUUUCCCCCCUUCCCCUCCCUGUCCUGCCUGUUUCCACCUCUCUUGCUCUUCCUGGAGCUGCCAGGUCUCCCCAGGCAGCUCUGACCACAAGUUGCUCUUCAGCUGGUGGAGCCAUUUGUGCAGCUGAGGCACCGUUUCUCCUGGUACUGAGGCCCUGCCUCUGCUGCUGAGCUUUGGGAGGAAGAGACCAAAGCUGGUAAAGGCAUCAGGGUUUCUGCAGAGCACUGCCUAAGCCAGGCAUCCUUUUUAUAUUCCUUGAUUUUAACCCUGCUCUAUUUAACAGCUUUAAGUCUUGAGAUCCAGUCGAUGCUUCCCCUGCACGCCGCUCCCUCUUGGUGCACUCUUUCUGUGAGUACUUCUGCCGUUCUUGAUGUUUUCUCUCUUGGUGACCGCUCCUCGCUUCAGCCUCGGGCUCAGCUCUGCUCAGGAGGUCGGGGAUCAGGAGCCCUGUCCCUUCUGUGCCGCGUGGAGGAGGGGACACUCCCCAGCUGGGCCACCCAUCCCGGCAGGAUGAGGAGGAGAGUUCAGAAUCAAGACCCUGUCCUUCUCACGGGCAGGUUCCUGGCAGCAGGAAGAAGCCUGGUGUCUGUUUUAGGGAGAGGGUUCAACCCAAUCUGACAAAUCCAUCCCGCACUGAUGAUUUGCCCCUUCUUACCAGGACACUCACUGCGCUUUCUCCCAAGGAGCAGAGUGGAAGGGCUGUGGGAGGCUCGUUCUGAGUGGCACCUUGCAAAGCCAAACCACUUUAGCUGAAGUGUCUGCUUAGCACUGGAUUCUCUGAGCCUGGGCCCCCACAGCUCAGUGUCCCUGAUCAGCCAAAGCCGUGAGCGUCUCGUGGUGGCGGCGCAGCUGCAAAUCAAAUUCUUGAGAAUGGAUUUUUUUUGUCUCACUUCUUGCCUGACAUAACCAGUGCACUGAGGAGGUGACAAACAGGACACCUCAAACCCUGUGCUUGGCACAAGGUGCAGAGCAAAUAGGUUUUUAAAAUUCAUCCCUCUUGGAACCAGAGCAUUUGCCAGACGUGGUCUCCCUUGGGGAACAUGAGCUUUUUUUUCUAAGCAAUUGCUUGGGGUGAGUUAAUUUUUAUUGCUUGGGAUGAACCCACCUGUUGUGGCUGCAAGUUUGGUGAUGGCUCUAUGUAAAUAAACUCCUUGGAGAAGCAGGACUGGCUGAUGAGAUGGGGAGAGAAUGUAUUUUUAUGCAACUUUUGAGUGGCCUUUCAAACCCUGAGAUGAAUGAUUUGUUUUACUGGUUGUUGUUAUAUAGUAUUAUAAGUAUUAUGUGUUUGAAAGUUUGGGAAUAAUAUUCACAGCUAUGAUGCUUGUAAACACAACAGUAUUUAUAAAUGAAUAAAGUAAGAGUUGAUAAAAUAGAA